AUGGAGCCUUCUCAAGAUGAAAGGAGGUUCAUGAUCUACAUAUGUGGAGGUUAUAAAGACUCAGUAGCAGAAAGAGGUGCUCUCAUGGAGAACGUGUACCCCAAGUUGUAUCUGUACUGUAAGCAGAGAGGCUAUGACUUCAGAAUGAUUGACCUUCGCUGUGGAGUGGGAAACCCUAUUUCUGAACACCAUGACACCGUACGGCUGCACUUAGACACGCUCAAGAAAUGCCAGGAAACCCAAUGCUCUGGCUUUUUUUUGUUUGUUGGCCAAAAAUAUGAGGUCCGGAGUCUUCCUGCUAGUAUUAAAAAAGAAGAAUUUGAAGCGAUUAUACAGCUCUUGGAGAAAGACAAAGAACUAAUAUCCAAGAAAAAAAAUGUUAAUUUUACUUGGCCAUCUUCCAGAUCUGGCAUUACCACUGAUACCACCAUUAGCAAUUUUCAAGAAUCCAUCUAUGGUCACUAUCUCAGUUUUGGAGAUGAGGCAAUACAUUCAGAGGAGCUUGACAAGAUAGACAAGCCUUUUUCAGAUGAGGAGGAGGGAAGACUGAGCCCAGUCAGAGAAAGAAGUGUUGGGGAUGUAGAGAAAGAACUAUCACUAUUUCUUAUGUGGUACAAGCUGGAUAUGAACAGCAUCCCGCCAAUUUACCGCCUGCUUCCUAUCAGCACACAUCACCCUGACAUUUUAAGUAUGGACAGGAAACGUCAGAAGCUGGCCAGAACCACCUGGAUGGGCACGUUACAGAGACUAUGGAACGUGCUGCAUUACAGAGCAGCUGAGGCCAUUGGAAAAGAACAGAUAUCUAUACUGCUUAGAACAGUUCUGGACUGGGAGAUGGAGGAGGGAGUGAGGUCUGUUGGUCAAGCUCCACCAGAAGAGCGCUGCUACUGCUACAAGAGAAUAAUUCCAGAUUUAUAUUACAACCUGCGGAACAAGCACGCUGCUCUCUAUGUGGACCUACUGCGAGGACAGUUGGAGAUAGACCCUGUCCUCAGUAUAGAACAUCAGCAAUGUGUGGACAGGAUACACAAGAAGUUGCGUCAUACCAAUAUCUAUGAACGUAAAGUGGGCUGGGGAAGAACAGGUCUGGACCCCAUACACAAUCGCUCGCACCGCUUUUACACAGAACGCAUCUGUUCUCACGUUCAACGCAUUGUCCUCAACUCCAUCAACAAAACUGCAAAGAGAAGAGAAAUGCAUGGAACAUUUGAAAAGAUGAGGAGGGAAGCGAUAAGAGUACAAAUACAAGAGGAGAUACAACGACACAAACAGCACAGUCUAAAUCUGGCAAAGAACUUCACUUUAAGACAAGCCUUUUUGGAUGAUGUAGAAAAAGUUGUGAAGCAGUCAUCUUCCAGGCAAAUCCUCCUGCUGGGACCACCAGGCAGCGGAAAGACCACUGUCAUAGCCGCCAUUGCUCAAAAGAGUCCAAAUUGGCUUUCAGGAGCUGUGAAGAUGUUGGUGGUCUUUAUUGGUUUUUCUGGGGAAAGCAGAAAUAUCCGCUUGGUUUUACAGAGUCUAUGUUUCCAACUGGCUGAAAUCUACUGUCCUCAAACACAGCUAUCAGAAGGCUUUCUUCAGCUUGUGAAUGAGUUCCACUCCCUCCUGGCCUUGGUGGACUCGGACAAACCCGUGGUGGUCCUCCUGGAUGGUCUCGAUGAACUUUCAGAUGAACAUGGCCCACAUCUCUCCUGGAUUUUAACAGCUCUCCCAGAGAAUGUUUACCUCAUUCUCUCAGCAACCACCAAUUCAGCUUGCACUCAAACCUUAUUGUCUGGACAGUUCACGCUCCUGUCCCUUCCUCCACUUAGCAUUGAUGACAUCACUAGAGCAUUAGAAUCCAGACUUCACCAUGACCGAAGGCGUCUGCAGCCGGACCAGUGGACAACCUUGGUGCAGGCUUGUGAGUCCUGCCCCUGCCCUCUGUACCUGCAAACAGCUUACAGUGAGAGCUUACAUUGGACAUCCUACACAGCUCAGUCCAGUCUGAAGCUGGCUGCCACCCUUCAGGGCCUGUACCUAAACAUGUUGUCCUGUUUGGAGAGGGAUAUUGGAAGACAGCUGGUCAGACGGGCUGCAAUGCUUGUGUCCAUUUCUCGACAUGGAGUCACUGAAGAGGAAAUACUUCACCUACUUUCCAAAGAUGGAAAAGUGCUCCAGGAAGUGUUUUCGGCUCACAGCUCUCCUGUCCAUUGUAAACUGCCUUAUAUCCUGUGGGUGCGUCUGAAACAGGAGCUGGGCCUUCACCUUACAGAAGUCAGGACAGAUGACACAUGGGUUUACCGCUGGACUCACUCUGAGCUGCGCCGUGUUUGUUUUCAACGCUACUUCAGGAAUGAGGAGUCCCGUAUGGUCGUACAUGCAGACUUUGCCGAUUACUACAGAGACAAGUCCCCAAAUGCUCACAUAUUCCAGCCUACCGCAUGGGUCCUUGAGGAAAGAGAUGGAGACGAAAAGUUUAAAAGUUACUGGUUUAAUUUGAGGAAGCUGCGAGGGCUGCCCUUCCACCUGGUCCACUCCGGGCAGAUUGUUCCCUUCUUAGUGGAGUGUAUGUUUAACUAUGAGUUUCUCCUGCAUAAGGCCUGGGGGUCGUCUGUUCUGGAAAUAGAGGAGGACCUGAGGAAGGCAGUGCUACCAGACAAGGAAGUGAUAGAUGUGGAGGUGCUGUCAGGUGCUCUGAAACUCUCUGGCUCAGUGCUUCUCCAGGACCCCUGUCAGCUCGCCUCGCAACUCAUGGGUCGCCUGGGGAAAAUGGUUAUGGAGGACCGCCCUGUUGCGAAGGGUGAUCCUCUGAAGUUUCAGUACCUCCACACUUUACUGGAACAGUGUUCUCACUCAUGUGUGCCUGUACUGCUGCCUUCCUCCACCUGCCUGCUGCCCCCUGGAGGCCUACAGCACACACUAUUAGCAGGUCCUCUGAGCUGUAUAUCUGCUCUUGGAGGUUCCCAGCAAAGCCCCACUGCAGUGACCUGUGAGCUGGAUGGAAGCAUCAGGUUCUGGGACCUGGAGCUGAGAAGAACCAUCAAGGGGUUGGAUCCAGCAGGAGAAUUUGUGGCUGAUUCUCUCCAUCUUGGUUUGAAUGACACAAUGCUUAUCAUCCGCAUGGGACAAGCUUUACAGGUUCGGGAGGUGGAAUCUGGGCAUGUGGUGUAUUCAGACAGUGGAUCAGUGGAUGUCCCAAUUGUGACCACAGCUUUGAAUGGACAGCUCCUUGCGGUAUUUUAUGAUGGGACUCCUCGAGUGAAGGUUUUUGAUUUGGCUGCAUCCUGUUCUCUGUUGCACUCAACCAGCAUUUCUCUGAGUUCUGAACCAAUCCACAAAAAUGCUUCAAUUGUCAUGUCCAGCAACUCCAUCAAAGACUACGUCCUUUUUGCAUACAGGUCUGGCUGUGAAGCAGGUGUGUUCAGUGCUAAAGAGGGCACUAUGCUUAAAGUGCUGUCAGCUCGACAUGCUGCUGCCUCCAUCCAGGCUGUGGACAUGACUGAGGACUACCUGCUUCUCUUCUGCAGAUAUCCAUACAGGCAGGACAGUCAAAUCAUUAACAUUGAACUCUUCAGUGCCACGUCUUUCCAGUAUGAGAGGUCGAUCCUGGGCUGCAGCCAGGACUUCAUAUCCCAGGUUACAGUGAACCGCACAGGGACCCAUGCCGUGGCCUUCUGCUCCACUCAGCGAACGGGCAUCACUGGCCUGGUUACCUGGAACCUGGAGACAGAGGACCACAAACACUUCACGCAGUUCCCAGGAAUACUCACUAAAGGGCUGUGUUUCGACAUGCACCUCUGCCUAGGGGUAUGCAGUGGGGAGAGAUAUGUUCGUUUGUGGGACCUCACCUCCAGGAUUACAGACCAGACCCUCACUUACAACAUCCACAAGAGCCGGAGUGAUGGCACCAAGGAGCUCAUUCCAGUAGGCAAGCAACCUCGGUAUGCGGUGUGCCUCUCUGAACGGCCUGGGACAGUGUUUGUGUGGAACUUGGGUAGGCGGCGUUUCAGGUGCCAGCCCGUGCUAGCGCAGCAUGGCCUCUACAGCAGCACAGACGUGGUUCUGGUGCAUAACCUCAAACUCUACAUCCUGACCAACCGGAGCUCAGUCAGCAGAACACAAGCACCACCGUGCUUUCAGACUCUCCUGGUGUUUGACUUGAUCAAGCGGAGUUACGUGAGGAGACAGACGGGACUGGCCAUUAUCCCCUGUCCUCAGCACGAGUACCGGCUUCUGGAAAAUGGAGCAACACUUCUGGGCCUCUCAGAGACAAGAGAUUGUUUAAUCUUAUGGGAUCUGGAUUCUGGUUCCAUCAAACAUCGAUUGGACAGUAGAGUAUUCAAAGACCUGCAGCCUCCUCCAACAACAGGAGUACAAUUAUUUAUGCAGUGGGAUAUUCAAACAGAAAACAACUCAGCCAAAAAAAGACUGGGAAAUGAUACGUCACGGAUAAUGCAGGAAGAUAAAACAAAGCUUGAAAGAGAAAAACUCAAUGCCAUUGAUCAGUAUUUGAUCAGUGGGGAUGAACAGGUGCUGGUUUGCUCCUAUUUUACCAAUCAAUUGGAUGUCUUCCACCUCACAUUCCAGGAGCAUCUUUAUACUUUGGAGGACAAAAAUUCCCUUCUUAACCUCCGUACAGCGGCUUUAACACACAGUGGUACCCAUUUAGUAUUGACGAACUACAACCAGGAGGAUCACUCCCCUGUCCUCACACUAUGGAACCUCCAAAGUGGCAAAGUGGAUCAAGAACUGCAAGAUGAAGCUGGAGUUUGCUGUGUAGCGCUAACUGAUGAUGCCAGAAGGGUUGUCUUUGGUGUGACUGGAAGUAACAAGCUUAAAGUUUGGGAGCCCUUCACUCGAAAUUGUAAAUGCAUUUGUGGUUAUGAGAGCCUAAGGAUAGAACCCUCCAGUGCACUCUACUUGGCUGAAGGGGGAAGCAAAGCCAUGUUACUGUCAGGACACUUGAGCCUGUGGGAUGUGGAGGAGGGCCACUUCCUCUCCACUCUGUCUUUGGACUCCACUGUCAGCUGUGUGAGGCCUCUGAGUAGGAGGGUUCUGCUGGGCCUGAGCCACAGCCCGGCCCUGGUCACUGUCAGUUACACCUCUGGAAGCACCUGCACCACCCAGUGGGGAUCUAGAGCUGAUGACCUCUUUAAAGAGUCCAGCAGCAGUGAGGAAGAGGAAAACGCUUAG